GAGACAGAGGAGAGAGCUUCAGCCUGGCUUUUCUCUGCUGCGUCUGGAGAGAGAGGCGUGUCCACGGACCAGUAUAAAGUCCAAAGAGAGCGGCUCGCAUUGAGACAUUCUCAGAAGACGGUCCUUCGUGUUGCACACUGACCAGAGGAGGAAACUGGAAACUGUGGCGAUUCUGUUUUUGAUUACCAGCUUUGCACAUGGACACUUGUUGACUAGGCAUUUUUUUGGCGUUUCCUCAAAAGGUGGAUGAUACUCACCUGAAGAAAUCACUUGUAUAUCUUUCAAUCUCAACAAAAAAAAUAUUUUUUAAUCACCAGAACAUUCUCUAGCUGAUAAAAGGCAGGCUCCAGUUUCUGCACUGUGAAAUUGAACCAGAGGAACAGAGAGGUAAUACAGUCGAGGCAUUGUGUCCUUGCAGUCGAAACACUAACCGGCUGACAUAUCAAAAGAUUCCUGGACAAAGUGUUCCUCUAAAACCUUCUUUGUCUGUCUAAAGUCUGCUGUUAGAGAGGAAAGUCAUCAAAAAGCAAGAGAAGGGAGGGGUGAACCUGAGAGGAUCCUUGACAAAGGGCAAAGGACUACGUGCAGGUGUCUGAGCUGUCAUGGUGCGAGGACGUGGCGUGACUUCAACCUGCUGGGGCCUGUGGACAUUCGGUGCCCUGUCACUGGCGGUACUGUGCUUAUCGGACCAGGCCAUUCGCUGUCCAGUGUGCUCCGACGAGAGGCUGGCCAGCUGCCGUCUGCCCGAGAGUUGCGAAGAAACAGUGCGCGAACCUGGCUGCGGCUGCUGCCCCACCUGUGCUCUUCCUAAAGGGGCACACUGUGGUGUGUACUCGCCCCGAUGUGGCACUGGCCUCCGAUGCUACCCACCACGGGGUGUGGAGAGGCCGCUGCACUCCCUGAUGCAUGGCCAGGGCAUCUGUACAGACGAGAGGGAAGUGGAGGAGAACUCAGUGGACAGACAGGAGGAGAUCAUCCCUGAACACCCGAACAACAGCAAUAUCCGGUGCAGUCCACAGGACAAGCGCUGCAUACAGAAGACCAUGGCACGACACCCUCUGAAAACCACAAAUCUGAGAAGCAACAGCGGCAGAGAGGAGACCAAGCCAGUGCUGGCGCCCUGCCGUGCUGAGCUGCAAAGAGCUCUGGACAGAUUGGCAUCCAACAGCCGCACCCAUGAUGACCUCUUCACUAUUCCCAUUCCCAACUGUGACAAGAAUGGAGAUUUCCACCCAAAACAGUGCCAUCCCGCACGAGACGGCCAUCGGGGAAAGUGCUGGUGUGUGGAUCCCAAGACAGGCAUGAGGCUCCCAGGGCCCCUGGAGCUGCGGGGGGAUCUGGACUGCCACCAGUUAAUGACUGCGACCCUAAGGGACUGAGGGGCGCAGAAAGGGACAGUUUGGGUUUGGUGAACCAGCUGAAUUUACUGGUGCUUUUAGUAGAACCAUAUGACUAAAGGACUUUAUACUUCAGCCGAGCUCUACCAAAGGCAAACAGUUGUGGAGUUUGUGCAAAGAAAAAAAAAAGGAAACCAUUAAAUUGAAUUAUUUUACUAUUAUGUUUCUGUAUGUGAGAGUAAGUGAUUUGAGUCUUUUGAGCACUUGUCUUGUUUUGUUCCUACCAUGUGAAAUUAAGACAGAUUGUCUUUAAACAUGUGCGCUUUAAAGUAUCAGGUGGUAGAAAAACAAAACACGCUUCUUCAGAAAGGGGCUGUACAUGUGAUUUAUGUAAGAGAAGACUCGAACAUUUUCUGUGUAAUCCUCUUAAAAAGUGGCAAAAAGCAUUUAGUCCACUUUAGUGUAGCUGAUGAAAAACAGAAAUUGAUCAUGUUUUCUUCCUUGUGUAGCACCAGAUUGGUUGGAAUUAGUGAGUCAGGAUCAUCCAGAAAUAUUUAGUUUGAAAGAUAAAGCUUAUGCAGCAAUUACUUUUUUGCAUCUCAUAUUCUCUAUGUAGAAUAAAGCACAAUGGACAGACAAAAAAAAAACUUAACUGAGUGAUAGCAUUAAAGUAGUAAAGAUUUAUGGAAUGGGAAUAACAGAUUCUAAGAAAUGAUAUGAAAGGGCUGCAAAAAACUGAAAAGCCCUUGUGAACUAACAAAGAAAAAGCCAUAGCCUUUCACAUCAAGUGCACCAAAGUGAAAAUUGAAAUUAAAUGAGAAAGUCUGUAUCUCUGAGAUCCCAGGACAGAUUUUAUUUAUUAUGCUGCAGUGAAUUCCCCUGUCAUAUUUUCUGACGAACAUCUUUAGCACAAAAAACAUGGGCAGUGUUGCUUUACUAAUAGCUCUGUGCACUGCUGAUAGGAUAAUCUUCUUUUCCAGCUGGUGCUAAAAGAUGCCAGUAUGACCCUUGUGUUUGUAUGGAUAUGCGUUGGCUGACAGGAUUUCUCCCCAGCAGACUGCUUGGCAGAACUAAUGGUGCUAUAUUCUGAUUGUGCCAAAAUAUGAAGCAAAGAUGGUUUCUACAGUUUUCUUUUGGCCAUUGUUUAGCAUUCAAGAAAAAGUGAGACAAAAGUAUUGGCAUAUAUGAGGAGCAACCUUAUGUGUUCAGCUUUCUGCUUUAGCUAUUGACAAAUAUUUUCCUUUUCUUUAAAAUGAUGAAAAUCCAGUAUACAGCUUUGCCCUAUAGUUGCCGCUAUUACAUUUUAAUUAGCUAGUGUUCUGAAAAAGGCAGAACAUUUUUGUUAAAUAAAACAGCAUUGUGUAAUGAGCUUUGGAUGACUUCUAGCUCACAAAUCAAGUGUUUUAAUCUGGUGUUGCUUCAAAUGUACCACAAAUAUCUCAAAGCAAACAAAGACAUGUUCUUGUAGAUUCACUCUUAAGCAUUAUGAUAUUCAAAAGAGCGUAAUGUUACUGAAGGUAACUAGUAGCAGUAGCUAAUAGCAUUCUAAUUGCAUAGGUGUACCAGUGGGCACUCAAAGGAGAGUACUGGAUUUAAGCUAACUUUUUAAUGUUGUCAGAUCUGGACAGUUGGGUUUGAAUGUUCAUCGGAAGAUAGUUAAUAUUGACUCAAGAAAAUAUUUCUGUUAGGUUCAUGUUUUGUGUAGAGGACAAAAUGCACCAAAGUUUAAAUAAAAAGUGAGACUGUGAAGAAAAGCAUUGACACUAGGCUAGCCAAACAUGUCCUCCUUGUGUGGAAAAUAGUAAUAUCAAAGAUCAAUUGCUGUUAGCACAAAUUCAAAGGGUGAGAUCAGAUUUUUGCUGUUGUUUACCAUUUUGCCACUUUAGCAUUUCAUAUUUUACAAUUUUGUUUACCUGACAAAGGAGGCAAAAGAAGUUUCCUACCAACCGUAUGCCAUGUUAUAACUGCCUUGCGGACAUUUUGUACCCACCUUGGACUACAAAAGAUUUAAAGUAGUUUAAGACACUUGUAUGUGACAAAAAAAUUAAAUAUACCAGCAGGAGGUCUUCCAUAGUUAUUCUGGUUAGAGCUGAGAUAGGACUUCACAAUAUCAGGAAAACAUAACUUUCCAAUAUUAUCGCAGAGUAUUGCAAUGACACCAUCAACUCCAAGUAACCCACUCACUAUUCUCUUCUCCAUUAUCAGAAUCUCCCUACACUUUACCAUGUCUUUCAUAAAGAUCUAAAGCAGACAAGUGAACAAUAUGCCACAUGAUUCAGAAACAAUGAAAUGCCUUCUCAUUGUAUCAAAGUAAUUAUUUCCAAUGUGAAUAUUGCACACUUAUGAGAAACUGGGCUGAUGAUUGUGAUUCAAUAUGUUGUGCAACUUCGUGAGGAGUCAUGCUUUUGCAAUAGACCGGAAAUUUGAAACCCUUUUGAAAUGUUAAAGAAUACAAAUUCAUAACAGUGAGUUAAUGAAAAAAAAAAGUCCUCUCUUAUUUAUUGUGACAACAAUUAUGACUUUGGAGUCUAUGACGUAAAUGUAGAAGUUUACACAUUAAACUCCAAAACCUGGUAUUUGCUGGCCCAUUCCUGACUAAUUUUGGCUCUUUUACCUAUUGUAUUUUAAAGAAAAAUUUACAUAAUAACAAAAAAUAUGAUAGAAGAAUAAUAAAAUAUCCAUUACUAUAAAUUUACACCUCAUAACUUUAUUUUAAAACAAAUUUCAAACUACAAUGCUUUCUUGUUGAGUAGUAGGGUUGUCUAUGGCAAAUUUUAAAUUCUUUUAUUUGCUCAUCACAACUAUUAAAUAUCAGCAAAUUAAUUCACUUUUUCAAGGAUCUGUUUAAUUAGUAACUUUCAUAAAAGAAUGUAUUUUAUGUGAUUAAAGGUUUAAGUUAUAUUACUAAAAAAUGGAAACAUUUCCUAAGCUUAUUUCUAACUAGCUGUUAGAUGAAGAUAGAGUUGGAGAAUUGAUCUCUUUUCAGAGAUUAAGAUAACCUUAGAAUUGUUUUAAAGACAGAACAAGAUUUCCUACAUAUUUCAAUGAGCCACACAGACAGAUGAAAGAAUGUUUUACCUGAAUCUAUCUUAAUGCCACUAAAGACUCAAUGCUAAACAUGUUCAAAACCAUUUCUUUGAUUUAUAAUUACAUUUUCAUCAUUAAAAAAAGUCUUAUUUUUCAUUUUAAAUGCCUUUUGAGUGCAUAAAAUAGUUACUUGAUAGUAAGCUGCUUAAUCUAAGACUUUGCAGUUUUGAACUGUUUCUGGAGAAUAGACCAUUUUUUAUUUGCAUCUGAUAUUAUCUGUUUACGUGUAGAUUAUUAAUGUUUGCAUGCAUAAAAAUAAGCCAGAAACAGAUGAGGUCUUUUUUUGUCUAGAAGAGAAUUGUUGUGCUCACAUGUUUGAGUGAACAGAGAAUUAAAAUAUAGAGUUGAAAUGAAUAAUGUUUACCUGAAACUAAAAUGUACUCAUUGUAAUGUAUCAAUUAAAAUACAAUAGAAACUACGCUGUAGCUGUGUAAUUCUUAGUGAUAGAAGUGAUAUCAACAGUACUGGACAACUGUAACAUAAACAAAACCCCAUUUAUGUUGGUAUGUUGACCUUUACAGGAGGUGAUGUUGAUUGACUUGUAUUUUAUAAGCUUUCCAACAGCUUGUGUAAUCUAGACAGGUGAAAAGAAAAUGUACAUAAUUUUUUUUUUCUGCACAUUGUUUCAAUCAAUAUAAGCUAACCUCUGUAAAUAAAGAUAAUCCAGAACAAG